UCAAGAAAUUUUGCGGGUAAAAUUGGUGUAUGUAUGUACCGAAUCCGAUUUUAACUACAAUUUACAUUACGCUAUGUUGAUUGUGUUUUUGUGAAAAAUGAACGGUAUACAGAGUCUUAUCGAUCGUCAGCUUGGAAUAUAUUCCCGGUUUAACUACGACAAUGUCCUGAAACGUUUAGUGGUACACAGUGAAGAAUCCUUUUACGGCCUGCAGAACGAUCCGCUAGCGGGUAACUUCGACCAGGAUCCUCCAAUAUUCGCUUGUCGGUUUUCUGAAGCUCCGGGCUACGAACACAUCCUUGCCCUAGCAAAUGAGGAUGGCCGAGUUGCAAUACAGGACACCUCUACAGUUAGCAGUGCAACUACACUGGAAGGGUUCCAGUGCCACAACAAUGCAGUCUUCGAUCUGGCAUGGAUGCCCCACCACAUGAAUUUUGUCACUGUUUCGGGUGAUCACACUGCAUGCCUCUGGGAUGUAUCAGAAUCGUCACCAAAGCGAGUCCUCACAUUUUCCCAUCACACUAGAUCUGUAAAAACUGCAGUUUUCCGGCCCACUGAGCCGUCCGUAUUUGCUACGGGCGCCCGCGAUGGCCAUAUAUUGGUCUGGGACAUACGAGCAAAUAACCAUCCAGCCGUGAUACUCAAACCGGACAACUGUUUAAUGAGCUGCCACUCAAGUUUUACCCCCAAAACCCCAGGGUCACACGGUAAACGACCACGCAUAGACAACCAUAGAGCUAUAAGCAUCACGGGACUCGUUUUCCAAAAUGAUUUAACCUUAAUUUCUUGCGGCGAAUGUGACGGGAACAUUAAAGUGUGGGAUUUAAGAAAGAACUACAAUAUUUAUAAAAAAGAACCUUUACCCAAACACUCGAUACCAUAUUGCGGUAGCUCCACCAAAAACGGUUACACGAAUCUAGUGAUAGAUGACGCAAGAGUGCGUCUAUACGCAAGCUGUAUGGACAACGUUAUAUACUGCUUUAAUAUCUCAACAUAUAACUCCUUACCUGAACAAAGAUAUGUCGGCCACGAGAACAGUACAUUUUAUAUAAAAACCAGCUUGAGCCCUGAUAGUAUGUAUUUAGUAAGUGGAAGUAGCGAUAAGAAUGCUUAUAUCUGGAAUGUCAAAUACUCCCAGCCAGUCGUGAAGUUGACAGGCCAUCGGGCGGAAGUCACUUGUGCCGCGUGGUGUCAGACGGGAGACAUGAAAGUGGUGACUUGCAGUGACGACGCAAGGCACAAAAUAUGGAGGGUAGGAAGGGAAUUUCCGGAAGUAGAUGUUGAGUUACGAGGGAAUGCAGAAAUUGUUCCGCGCGCAGAAAUCACAAGCCUCCCACAAUGGGGGGGCUUAGACAAAACACCUAACUCUUUAAAACGCAAAAUAACAACACCGAGUUCGUAUAGCGCUAAACGUGCUCGGGCCCAAGAAAAUAGCGGCACUAGGAAAACUAAACGUUGUCUCGCCGAUCUGAUGAAUGCUUCGAAGGAGGCUGAUGAAACAGAAACCAUGGUCAAAAGGCUCAAACUGGAUAUGCCAUGUAUUCCUGAAGAACAACUUUUACCGGCUGGCAUAAAACGCCAGAGACAUUCCAUAGAAAAUUCCACUGAAAGUCCUAUACCUUGUAAAACUAAACAUUUCGAACUAGACCCUUCCACAACUUCUCCUGAAUGGACUUAUUAUAUCCCUAAAGCGGGCACGUCUUUCAUGUCGCCCACUAAAAGUUACGAGAAGAGAAAUUGCAAAGUUCUGUCAGCUAAAAGUCCAAAAGCCAUAUCCUCAAGUACGAUCCCACACAGAACUCCCGUCAAAGUAUCCCCAACCAAAGUCAGGGUCGUAAGCUUUACAACGCCAACCAAAAAUUUGCCCAAUUUUGUUUUGGAUGGUGAAGCCCCACACCUCAAACUAAUGUCGCCAGUAAAGAAAAAACAAGACACAACGGAUUGGUUAACUUUAAUGGUGCGCGAAAAAAAAGGAAAACCCGUGGAACCUGUUGAAAAAGUUAGUCAAAUGGCGCCACUCAGUCCGAAAGAAAAUAUGCCAACAAGAAGGAAUUCCGUAACGGAGAAACCGCCGAAGUCAGUUACGACAUCUUUAACGUUACUGAAAUACUUUAAUGUGGUUGUAAAGAAAAAUGGCGUGAUUUAACUCGACAUUGUAAUGCUUGCGAGUUUAGAGUUUAGGGUUUCAUGAAAUGCAGGUGCAAAUGUUUUUAUGCCAAAUUUUUGAAAUCUGUGGUUUUUAUUAAGAUUAUUCGAGGUUUAUGAACCUUGUGUUUUCAUGAAGUAGUUUCAUUGUUAUUCAGGUCUUUAACUGCCUGCUAAUAAAAAAAACAACAAAUUCAAAUAAAAAAAUUCUUUAUUCAUGUAGGCCAUACAUAGAAACUUUGGCAUUUACAAAUACCCGUUCCCGGUGAAAUUCUUGGUUCCUACUCGAAGUUCUGAAAAGUCUAUGACAGUAAAUUUAAGAUGUGUAGUGAGUAAAAUAAUAGUCUUAUAAGUUCAAUUAACUUCUACUAGUGGUUUUUCUAUCAUAUGAGGAGAUCAUCAUCAACAUAUCAACCUGUUACCGAUCCACUGCUAUGCCGUAGUCCACCGCGCUGGCCCAUUACGGAUUGGUGGAGAAAAAUUGCUAUAAAUGUACCUAUUUCUAAGAAGAUUCGGUUUAAUCUUAGGGCCUAUGUACAUGACGUCUUUUUCCGCGGAUAAAACGCGCGUUAAUUCUAUUAAAUUUAAUCGAAAACUUGAGACUUAAGACAAUCAGCAGUUGUCUCAAGCUGUUUAUAAUGACUAACUAAUUGAUCUUGGUUUUAUGCUUAUUAACUCGUGACUAUGUUGUUAAAUUCAUUUAGGUAUUCUUGAAUACCUACUUUAUAAGCAAUGUCAAAUGUGUCGGUAUGUAGUGAUUCUACCACCGGUAGACUGAUAUUCAAAAACAAUCAACGCGGCCCGUCUGAGAGUUGUAAAUUCUAAUGAUUCGAUAAUAAAUAUCGUUAAUGAAUUGUUUUAAUGCUUUAAUGGUAAUCGUUAUGCCGUUUUCGAAUUUACCGCAUUUAAAAGCUAAGUCAGUUAGUAAAAUCAAAAUUAAUAGUUUGAGGGAUUAAAUGGUGACAGUGGUGCCAAUACUGCUAUAUCUAAAUUAUAAAGUAAACUAAAUCAUCUACCCACAUCAGUUUUGGCACCAAUGUACUUACGCUAUCCCUGAGAGCGCACUUCAUGCAGGCCACAUAAAAUAGUUCGAUUUGUAGAUAAGUACUAUUUUAAAACGGGAACGUUAUACUUGACUGUUGAGAUAAUUUACAAAACGUUCAACCGUCCUUGACAUAUCUUUUAAUUUAAAUUUUGAUAACACAAACGCUACAAUAUCAUAUAAGUUUUCUUUAGGAUUGAUUAAAUGCAUAUUUAUAUUACUUAUCUAAAGAAUACAAUUCGGUAUAAGGUCUUUUUCCUUUGGUUAUUCUGCGUCGAAAAUUGUAAACUACUGCUCGAUUGCAAACGUGCGUGUUUAAUAAGGAUACUUAUAGUUAGUUGUACACUUUUAAAAUACCUGCCGUUGUAAAGUAAAAAAGUUUGGUCGACACACGACGUCGCGUCGCGCGGUCAGUUGGUCGGGGUAGCAACAGUAUGAUGCGUAACGUGGUACAUGGUCGGGGCAGCAGCCUGAUCAUUUGCAAAACUACGCGCAGAAAAUACCUCGUUUGAAUAGGCCCUUUGAAAUUAUGUUACAUAUAUUUUAAUUUGUCUAAGGAGCUUACUUACUUUGGCGUGUUCAAGGCUAAAGAAAAGUGGGUGGGCUCUAGGAGUGCGAUCCGCGUUUCAACAAUCAGUAACAGAUUGCAUUCCGACGAAGAUAACCGCUAUUAGUUUUUACUUCGAAUUUCGGAGGAUCCAUUUUUAACCCGUCGACUGUAACAGAGCGACUCUUAAUGUGACGAUUUCAAUUUAUUGUUCAGUUGUUUUUUUUAUAUUUUAUAAUUGUACACUAUAAAGUAAGAAAAACAUUGUUUACAUUAUAAGGCAAGUUAUAAAAAAAAAUUAUUAAAUAUCUCUCGUUAGGUAUAACUUAGAAAUAUGAUUUUAUUACUUUUUAACUAAAUAUGUUAAUCGACUGAAAUGAAAAGUUAGUAGAUUGCUGUGAGUAUUGAUAUGAAAUGUACGUUAGUAAAUAACUUUUUAAUUUUAAGUUAAUGUUAGUUGUAGUAGGUACCUAAUAAUAAGUAUUUUAUUGUAUGUUUAACUACAAUUUUUAUUAUUAAAUCACCAUGCAUUUGAUAACUGUGGCUCUAAUACAUUUUAUAAUUUUGACUGAUAUAACUUCAAUAGUUACCUACUAUGUUUUCUUGAUUUAUUUUAUUUUAACAACGCAGGCGCUUAACAUGGCCAGGAGACAUUAUUCAAAAAUUUAAGACAUAAUUUUAUCUUCUCUUAAAGCUUUAUUUACUCUCCAAACAUGGGUGCACGAGUGGAAAUAAUAAAUGUGGGUCAACUUCUCCUAUACUCUGAUGCUUUGUGUUGGCGGGUGGACAUGUCAAUUGUUUUAUUAUUUGUCAAGUAUAUAAUUUAUAUUUCCUGCCCAUGUUACCCGUGCUAAACGUUAACCUUUUAUCAUCCUUAAUUCAUUCAUCAUAGGAGUUAUUGCAGGGCAUAUGAUUAGUAGGUAUUUUAGUAGUUCAUAUUAUAACUUCAGUCAAAUCACUAAGGUUCUAUGAUAGCUAUUUAUGCAACUGUUUUAUAAUAAGGGGAAUUAAAACACCCGUAUGAAACUAUUAUUAAUUCACACUAUAAACCCAUUUUAGUUUUUUUAAUAUGUGUAGUCAGACACAACAGUUGCAUAAAAAACUAUUGUAGAACUUAUUUUACUGAAGUUAAAAUAAAGUAGAAUUAGUGUCGUCUUUUAAACUGUUGAUGAAACUCAUCUCAGGGCUUACAUCUCUUGCUUUAAGUCCUGUCUACAUAGGUUGCUUGUAAGAGAUUGCUUGCUAUAAAGCCGCCUUUGCAUGUCUACAUUGUUUACUGUAUACUCCUGUUUCUUUUCCUGUGUUAUACUUACGUGCAAUAAAGUGUUACUUCUUCUCAAUCUUCGGAAGUUUAAUGACAGCAGAAGAGGGCAUCCUUAUAUUGUGAAGCACGACAUCGGCCGCCUAAUGUAAAUCUAAUCUUUAAUGGUGUGGGUUCUAUAGCUACAAUCUCCGCAUAGUAACGGAAACUAUUAAACUUUUUAUAAAUAAGACCAAUUCCUCAAAGCCUUUCAAUAAUCAUCUACAAGAAAACUUUACAGAUAAAUACCACUACGUCAUCUAUUCAUCAUGUUGAAAGUAUACAUUUUUGCGGCCAAGAGUUUUU